GUUGUUUUGAUGAAUAAUACUUGGUGGGGCGAGGGGGUAAGAGUAGGGGUGGAGGGGUAGGAGGAUUUACUCUUCCACCCGGAGCAUCGCGAGUCCCGUCCUCCCCCUCCCCCCUGCCCGGGCUCCGGCGUGGAGGCGGGGCGUGGCCGGCCUGCUUUGGGAGGGGAGGGGCUUCCCUCUUCAGUGCUGGGCUCUGCUUCGGCGGCUCUGGGGUCGCCUUACCUCGGGGCAUCCGCUCUGCAGUCAAACAGUUCCCGCCUGGGGCAAAGGGUAGGAAGGAGAGCAGGAUCUGCUGGAGGAAGCGCACCUGCCGCGCCACCACCACGAAGACACAGCAGGCUCGGGGCACGAGACGAGCUGGAGACCCGAGUCCCUGGUCUGGGUAACCUGGGAAGCAGAGGGCAAUAGUGGCGCCUUAAGAUAACCCUGUAGAGCAGCAGCAGUGGCGGCCGAAGGAGGCUGCUCGGGGCACAAGCAGCUGUAGGAGUCUCUGGGGCGAUUGGAGUGACCGACGCCAAGGCGGUUCAGUGCCUCUCGUGUUCUUAUUUUUUAACCUCUGACUAUGCAAUUCUGAAACCUCCCCCAUUCGGGGGACCAGACAGCCCGAUAGACACCUUCCAUUCUCCUCCCGCCCUGGUCUCAAGAACAGAAGGAUCUCUCCCCAACGCCUUUCACCAUUAAGAGGAAAGCGAUGGAGGAGCUGAGCGCUGACGAGAUCCGACGGAGGCGCCUUGCACGACUUGCUGGUGGACAGACCUCCCAGCCAACCACCCCGCUCACCUCGCCCCAGAGGGAGAACCCUCUGGGACCUCCUAUAGCAGCAUCAGCCCCAGGCCCCUCCCAGAGCCUUGGUCUCAAUGUCCACAACAUGACCCCAGCUACCUCCCCAAUAGGUGCAUCAGGAGUAGCUCAUCGAAGCCAGAGCAGUGAAGGAGUCAGUUCUCUCAGCAGCUCGCCCUCCAAUAGCCUUGAAACCCAAUCUCAGUCUCUCUCACGUUCCCAGAGCAUGGAUAUCGAUGGUGUCUCUUGUGAAAAAAGCAUGUCCCAGGUGGAUGUGGAUUCAGGAAUUGAAAAUAUGGAGGUUGAUGAAAACGAUCGAAGAGAAAAGAGGAGCCUCAGCGAUAAGGAGCCUUCCUCGGGUUCUGAAGUGUCUGAAGAACAGGCCUUACAGCUGGUCUGUAAGAUCUUUCGUGUCUCCUGGAAGGACCGGGACAGAGAUGUCAUCUUUCUUUCUUCUCUUUCUGCACAAUUUAAGCAGAACCCAAAAGAAGUGUUCUCUGAUUUCAAGGACUUGAUUGGCCAGAUUUUAAUGGAAGUGCUAAUGAUGUCUACUCAGACUAGAGAUGAAAAUCCAUUUGCCAGUCUGACGGCCACAUCACAGCCAAUCGCAGCGGCAGCUCGGUCACCAGACAGAAAUCUCAUGCCCACUACUGGCUCCAACCCAGGAACAAGCCCCAUGUUCUGCGGUGUGGGUUCCUUCGGUACCAGCUCUUUCUCUAGUUUGGGAGCCUCUGGUGGGGCAAGUACUUGGGAUUCCUACAGCGACCAUUUCACCAUUGAGACCUGCAAGGAGACAGACAUGCUGAACUACCUCAUCGAGUGUUUUGACCGAGUUGGAAUAGAGGAAAAAAAAGCACCAAAGAUGUGCAGCCAGCCAGCAGUCAGCCAGCUUCUGAGCAACAUCCGCUCCCAGUGCAUAUCCCAUACUGCGUUAGUCCUACAAGGUUCCCUCACACAGCCAAGGUCCAUGCAGCAGCCGUCCUUCCUGGUGCCGUAUAUGCUCUGCAGGAAUCUCCCGUAUGGCUUUAUGCAGGAACUGGUGAGGACCACUCACCAGGAUGAAGAAGUGUUCAAGCAGAUCUUUAUCCCCAUUUUACAAGGCCUGGCUCUCGCUGCCAAAGAGUGCUCCCUCGAUAGUGACUACUUUAAGUACCCCCUCAUGGCUUUAGGUGAGCUUUGUGAAACCAAGUUUGGGAAGACACACCCUGUGUGCAAUUUGGUGGCUUCUUUGCCAUUGUGGUUGCCUAAAUCCUUAAGCCCUGGCUCUGGGCGGGAGCUGCAGAGACUCUCCUAUUUGGGGGCUUUCUUCAGCUUCUCAGUCUUUGCAGAAGAUGAUGCUAAGGUGGUUGAAAAAUAUUUCUCAGGGCCUGCCAUUACCCUGGAGAACACUCGCGUGGUCAGCCAAUCACUGCAGCAUUACUUGGAGCUGGGAAGGCAAGAGCUAUUCAAGAUUCUGCAUAGUAUUCUGUUAAACGGUGAGACCCGUGAGGCUGCUCUUAGUUACAUGGCAGCUGUCGUCAAUGCCAACAUGAAGAAAGCACAGAUGCAGACAGAUGAUAGAUUGGUAUCUACAGAUGGAUUCAUGCUGAAUUUCCUUUGGGUGCUGCAGCAGCUAAGUACAAAGAUCAAGUUAGAGACGGUGGAUCCCACAUAUAUAUUCCACCCAAGGUGUCGGAUUACUCUUCCUAAUGACGAGACGAGAGUGAACGCGACGAUGGAGGACGUGAAUGACUGGCUGGCUGAACUCUAUGGAGAUCAGCCUCCAUUUUCUGAGCCGAAAUUCCCUACAGAAUGCUUUUUUCUUACCCUGCACGCCCACCACCUCUCCAUUCUGCCAAGCUGCCGUCGCUACAUCCGCAGACUCCGGGCCAUCCGGGAGCUCAAUAGAACUGUGGAAGAUUUGAAAAAUAAUGAAAGCCAAUGGAAAGAUUCCCCACUGGCAACUAGACACCGCGAAAUGCUGAAGCGUUGCAAAACUCAGCUUAAGAAACUGGUACGGUGCAAGGCCUGUGCUGACGCUGGUUUACUUGAUGAGAGCUUUCUGAGAAGAUGUCUGAAUUUUUAUGGCCUUCUCAUUCAGUUGCUGCUCCGCAUCCUGGACCCCGCCUAUCCCGAUGUAACACUGCCUUUAAACUCAGAUGUCCCCAAGGUAUUUGCAGCAUUGCCUGAGUUUUAUGUAGAAGACGUUGCUGAAUUUUUAUUUUUUAUUGUACAAUACUCUCCUCAGGUGCUUUAUGAGCCCUGUACUCAGGAUAUUGUGAUGUUCCUCGUUGUGAUGUUGUGUAACCAGAACUACAUCCGAAAUCCUUAUCUGGUGGCGAAACUGGUAGAAGUCAUGUUUAUGACCAACCCUGCUGUUCAGCCACGAACCCAGAAGUUUUUUGAAAUGAUCGAAAACCAUCCUCUCUCCACCAAAUUGUUGGUCCCUUCACUGAUGAAGUUUUAUACAGAUGUUGAGCACACCGGAGCCACCAGUGAGUUCUACGACAAGUUCACCAUUCGCUAUCACAUUAGCACCAUUUUUAAAAGCCUUUGGCAAAACAUAGCUCACCAUGGCACCUUCAUGGAGGAGUUCAAUUCGGGGAAGCAGUUUGUUCGCUAUAUAAACAUGCUGAUAAAUGACACGACGUUUUUGCUCGAUGAAAGUCUGGAGUCUCUGAAGCGAAUCCACGAAGUGCAAGAAGAGAUGAAGAACAAAGAACAGUGGGACCAGCUGCCCCGGGAUCAGCAGCAAGCCCGUCAGUCCCAGCUUGCUCAGGACGAGCGUGUGUCCCGCUCCUAUCUUGCCCUGGCAACAGAAACCGUGGACAUGUUCCAUAUCCUCACGAAGCAGGUCCAGAAGCCGUUCCUCAGACCGGAACUUGGACCCCGAUUGGCUGCAAUGCUGAACUUUAAUCUUCAGCAACUCUGUGGCCCCAAGUGCCGUGACCUGAAAGUUGAAAACCCUGAGAAGUACGGCUUUGAACCAAAGAAGCUGUUGGACCAACUGACGGAUAUUUACCUGCAGCUGGACUGUGCCCGGUUCGCCAAAGCCAUUGCUGACGACCAGAGAUCCUACAGCAAAGAGUUGUUUGAAGAAGUGAUCUCGAAGAUGCGGAAGGCAGGGAUCAAAUCCACCAUAGCGAUCGAGAAGUUUAAGCUCCUCGCGGAGAAGGUGGAAGAGAUAGUGGCCAAGAACGCGCGCGCAGAAAUCGACUACAGCGACGCCCCCGACGAGUUCAGAGACCCUCUGAUGGACACCCUGAUGACCGACCCCGUGCGGCUGCCCUCGGGCACCAUCAUGGACCGCUCCAUCAUCCUGCGGCACUUGCUCAACUCUCCCACGGACCCCUUCAACCGACAGAUGCUGACCGAGAGUAUGCUGGAACCAGUGCCAGAACUGAAAGAACAGAUUCACGCCUGGAUGAGAGAGAAACAAAACAGUGAUCAUUAAACCGUCCCCCGUGCCCACCCUCUGCAAGACACAGCCGAGGCCAGCCAGGCAGGCGGAAGCCGCGUCGGUGGUGGAAACGCUGCUCAGAUGUUUUCGGCCCCGCCCGGCAGAGACGCCGAGAGCCCCCCCACGAGUGCCCAGACGGUGGAGACCUGCAAGGACGUGGUUGAGGAGAGGAGCCCCAUUCCUGUACAUAUAUUUAAGUGACACACAUGGUCAAAAGCUUGAGGAACACACUUUACGAUUGCUUAUGUAAUAAAGCGCGUCCUUCCUAUGUCACCACUGGGGCUUUUGCAACGGAAGUCUUUUAGUGAUUGAUGACAAAUGGGUCUGGGCAGCCUCCCGUUCAUCCCCCCCCGCCCCAAUCCAAUAUCCGUUGAUUUGAUUGUGAUUAGAGAACCUUGGACAUUUUGCUGCUAAAGAAUCCUUACCCCCCUCCCUUCCUGACCCGACUUGCACUGCUGUGGAUUUUUUUAAGAGAAGCAAAAACAAAAAUAAACUCCUUCCCCCUGGCCCUCCAAACAUAUACUCUGUGAGAUAACUGUGCCUGCAACAAAGUGUUAAUCCUGGGAUCGUAUUUUUAUAUCAUAUUCACAUAUUUGUUUUUUUAAUUGGUGUUAGAUGACAUGAUUAAUAAAAAAGGCAAGAUAUUUUCAGAAUUCGAAUUUCAGUUUUUAUUUUUUUUUCUUUUGAAAUGUCCCUUUAAAGUUUUUUUAUUCUAAACAAAAUGAAGAGAACCUGUUGCUGUGGUCUUGUCAUAAGGCCUCUAUUAGGAAUCUGAGGAACAGCUGCAGCAAAGGAAGUGUUCAAGUAUAUCAGGAUUUACAUAACUUAACGGUUUUGGGGGGCGGGCACGGGGGGGGUGUGGACAGUUCAAAACCAUUACAGUUAUCCUAGGAGGGAAGAGAAAUUCCUCAACUCUGGAGUCUGUGAGUUCGAGGCAGGGGAUCAUCUGUAGAACGUGUCCUUUGGGGCUUGGCCUUACCAAAGCAAACACGGGGUGCAGGAAACGUGGACGUGUGCCUGCUUGUAAACCCACACACAAACACACACCCCCACACACACACAGAAACAAGACUUUGUAUUACUGCUCCCGACUUUAACAUACUUGAAUUCUUGCAUUUCCUUUGGGGUAAAAAAGGGUCUGAAACCGUGAAGUGUUUUGAAGAAAUUAAGCUACGAGAACAGACUUUCUUUUUCUUUUCCUUUUUUCCACCCCCCUCCACAGACAAUGUCCUCUGUUCGAUUCCUAACGCAAACUACAAUAAAUGGUGAUACACAUUCAGAAG